AUGCCAUCGAGAACGGUACCGCCGUCAACGUGGUACAGCAGGCCAUCUACUUCCCAAGCUGCAGCAGACGCCAUCCCAAUACUGGUUGAUGAUGAGUACCAUGUCUUCCAUCUCAGUACACCUCCGAACACAAUUAGACAUCCGCCACGGCUUCGGUCCUCCUGGUCGCGGCUUCGUUCGCGCGACCUGUUGAAAUGGGAACGCGAUCAAACAGAAGUGUUGAUUCCAGGCAAAACUCGCGAUAGCCCAGAUGCUGAUGGUGCAUGGACUGGAUGCGCCAUCCUUGGACCGGACGGAAACAUGCACAUCUUUUACACUGGAUACAACCUGUCACAAGAUGGCAAACAGGUUAUACUGCAUGCGCGUUCAGACGACAAGAAGGGUACUAAAUUCACCAAAACGCCAUGCCCCAUUAGCAUCACCGGGGACUUGUCAAGAUUCGAAGACAUUGACUUUCGAGAUGCUCAUGUUUCGCGGCAGGAAUCGGAAAAUUGCUACUGGAUGCUAGUCGCCACGAGACUGAGGACUGGCCCCUUUUGGACGCGAGGCUGCCUGGCAUUACUCACGUCCCCGGACCUGGAGGCGUGGACGAUCGACCCCAGACCCUUCUACGCACCUAACGAUAUAUUCUGCCCCGAGUGCCCCGAGCUAUUCUCAUUACCAAAUGGAAAGUGGUGGUACGCUGCAAAAUCCUGUCCGAAAGCUGGCGAUCCAAGUAAACGGAUAUACUUUGGAUGGGUGGCCGAUAAAUUUGACGGGCAGUGGUCAUGGGGUGGCGAUAUGGCCAUGCCGAGGGAGGUCUUUGCCGACAAGAAUGGUCAGUUGGUUGUGCAACCUUGCCCCGAAUUCCUGAGAGCAAUGUUUGCUCCAUGUUCUGAAGUGCCGAUACCUACGUCAAUUUCGAUCAGCAGCCUAGGCGAGACCAAGAUUUCCUCACUCUCUGCCAUGGAAUCUGUCCCGAAUGAGUAUCACCUCAAUUUCCAGGUUGCUGCCUCCGAUGCUGCAUCGUUUGGACUGAUUUUCCGCACAUCCAAGGACAUGGACGGUCACAGACUCAGAAUGACUCCAGCUAGUCCGUAUCUUUGCGAUGUCGUGUUAGCAAAAUAUCCAGCACCUCUGGACGACUUCUGGGCGGAUCAAUACAAGAUGCAUCUGCCACGCGAGGUCGACGGUCCUGAGAUCGCGCGCCAUUUAGUAGAUAUCCGAGGUAACAUUUGCAUUACCGUCAAAAGCAAUGUCCUGGAGAUCUUCGUCGGUGGCAAGUCCAUCAGUUAUCGUUUACCUGGGGCCAGCGAUAGCAACAACAAGUUCACUAUCGAGGCCAAUGGGCACGAAAACGGACAGACACGCGAACCACUUCUGAAUGGCAUUGCCGAGGUGAUGCAGGAGCUGAGUGUUUUCGUGGAAGAUGGAUCUCUGCAGUUGAUGGAUGUUCGUCUGCGAGCGCGAACGAACUAG